AUGGCUGAUCGGAGUUUGGCAGUUGUGAAGCCGGUAUGGAUGAAACAAGCGGAGGAAGCCAAGAUCAAAAGCGAGGCUGAGAAAGACGCUGCGGCUAAAGCUGCUUUCGAAGCAACUUUUAAGGGUUUGGAUAAAGGUCGUGGCGAGAAGAGGGCUGCUGUUAAUUCCGAUAGUGAUUCGGAUGAGUAUGAGGACUUGGCUCAUAAGCCGAUUGGGCCUGUGGAUCCUUCGAAGUGCACUGCUGCUGGUAUUGGGAUUGCGGGAGGGACGGCCUGUGCUGCUUCUUCGUUUGGUGUGGUGACCAAAGAUUCUGAUGAGAGGAAGGUUUCAAUGGGUGGUGCUCAGAUCAAGGUGAGAGUGACACCGGGUUUGGGUGUUGGAGGGUCUGAUCAAGAAGGGAUUGUGAAGGAUAUGGGGGAUGGAACAUAUACUGUUACUUAUGUUGUGCCUAAGAGAGGGAAUUAUAUGGUUAAUGUUGAAUGUAAUGGGAAGCCAAUCAUGGGUAGUCCCUUUCCUGUGUUUUUCAGUGCAGGUAAUAGUAAUGGAGGGCUGCUGGGUUUAGCUCCUCCAUCUUCAUUUCCAAAUCUGAUAAAUCAAACUAUGCCCAACAUGCCAAAUUACUCUGGCUCUGUCUCAGGGGCAUUCCCAGGAUUGUUGGGAAUGAUACCAGGAAUUGUUGCCGGAGCUUCUGGGGGUGCUAUUCUGCCAGGAAUUGGGGCCUCACUUGGUGAAGUUUGUCGCGAUUACCUGAAUGGCCGCUGUGCAAAAGUUGACUGUAAGUUAAAUCACCCACCUCACAAUUUGCUAAUGACUGCCUUAGCAGCGACAACUUCAAUGGGAACACUCAGCCAGGCUCCUAUGGCUCCUUCUGCUGCUGCAAUGGCCGCCGCUCAGGCAAUAGUUGCUGCCCAAGCCCUUCAAGCUCAUGCAGCUCAGGUGCAAGCUCAAUCUGCAAAAGAUUCCGCUGGUUCACCUGAUAAAGCUAAUAAGGAGGACGUGUUGAAGAAAACUCUUCAAAAUACUCAAAACCUGAAGAGGCAACUGCUGCUAUGGCAUUAA